CAAAGGCACAGAGUUGAUGGCACCUACAACAAUGGAUGAUAGCCAAACAGCAACUAUUGCCCCACCUCCAUAGAGAAGCACGGUGGACUUGUUCUCAACUGCAUCCCACUACUCAGGUACAAACAUUUUCAGAAUACUUUCACCAAUUUCAACAGCAAAGUCUCGGGGCUGAACAGCCAAGCAUUCGAAAAGGCGAGGUGGAAAUAUAUAAUACAAACCACCACCGUCUUGAAACUCACCUUCUCCUUCAGAUCAGUGAAGAUCUCAUUAGUAUCGACCGAGGUGGAGGUCUCAUCUGAAGAGGUGGCUCUGGUCUGGAGCAG